CUACAUUAAGACAUGAAUGUUUUUGGCCUCUGCAUUGUAGAAAACUACUAAAAUAAGGAGAGAGUUGUGUAAUAUGAAUUGGUAGAAGCAUACCAACAGGGAUGGAAUCACAGGCUUCUAUUUCAUGCAGAAAUUUUUUGAAAACAAAUAAAAUAAAAAUUCCUGAAAAGUUAAAUAAAAUAACACAAAAGUAAUUGUGAAUGAUUGUAUAUUAAACUAUAUGUAUACUUGUGGUAGAAAGGAAAGCUAUGUACCUUGUUAUUAAUAAUGAUGAUGAUGUAGUAGGGAAAAGUCCAUUAUACUAUUGUUUUGCUAAUGACUUUAGAGUGUAGAGAGGAGAAAGGAGACAUCCCCAAAAAGGACCUAUAUGUACAAAAAUCCCAGCUUUUUUUUGUAGUGACUAAGAAUUGGAAAUCCAAAAGGUGCCCAUCCAUUGGAGAAUGGCUAAACAAGGUGUGGUACAUGAUUAUAAUGGAAUAUUAUUGUGCUAUAAAAACGAAUAAAAAGAUGACUUCAGAAAAACCUGGAAAGACUUACAUUAACUGAUGCAUAUUGAAGUGAUUAGAACCAGGAGAAAAUUGUGCACAAUAACAGCACUAUUGCUAGAUAUAAGACUAUGCAUGACUUGGCUAUUCUCUGAAACACAAUGAUCCAAGACAAUCCCAAAAGACUAAUAAUAAAGCAUACUAUCUGAUGCUAGACAAGAUACUGAUAUGUAAAUACAGACUGAAGCAUGCCAUUUUUCUUGUUUUUUCUUUUAAGUAUUCUUUUAAGUCUACUAGCAUGGAAAUGUUUUCAUUACUGCAUAUGUAUAACCUAUAUCUGACUGCUUACAAUCUUAGGGAGCCUCGAGGAGAAAGAAGGUAAAGAUAGAAUUUGGAACUUCAAACUUUUUUUCAAAUGUUUAAAAAUUGUAUUAACAUAUAAUGAGGGAAGACAAAAUAUAUGUUUAAAAAAUAACUCUUCAUAACUGUUUAUCAUAUAAACCUAUGAUUUUUUAAAAAAUGAAUUCCAUGAAAAAUACAAGUGAACUCCUUGGUUCACUUAAAGCAAAAGAAAGGCAAAGUGCCUUUCUCCACUGAUAUAAAUCUGCAGCUAUUAAUUUAGCAAUUAUUAAUUUAGUAAUUCAGAAUCUCAGAAAAUGACCUGGUUACUAAGAAGAGUUACUUGCCUAAGAUCACCCAGAUACUAUACAUCUAACCCAGGUCUUUUGGACUUCAAGGCUAAGCCCCCCCAUUCUACUUAGGAGGCUUUCUAUACAUUCACAGACCACAACUUAAUUUAAGCAUUCCCCCUCUAGGAAUAUAGUUUGUUUCUAACAUUUUACUAUCUACAUACUAUUACUUUGUACAAAUAGGUUUUUUUUCUUUCUAUCAAAAACCCCUUUAUAAUAUAAAUCUAAUAACUGAAAUGCUGGGUCACAGAAUGUGAGAAAUUUUUUAAAUGUAGUAUUUAAUUCCACAUUGCUUUCCAAAACAGUAUGACCCAUUUUAUAGCUUUACCAAUAGUAAAUUAUUGUUCUUUUUUUUUUUUUGAAGCUCCAACACUGAUUUUUUUUUUUUUUAAUUUUUGAAACGUUUAUUUUUUUUUUUUCCAUGCCAGGGUAAAUUUUUUACAACAUUAUCCCUUGCACUCGCUUCUGUUCCGAUUUUUCCCCUCCCUCUCUUCACCCCCUCCCCUAGAUGGCAAGCAGUCCUAUAUAUGUUAAAUAUGUUGCAGUAUAUCCUAGAUACAAUAUAUGUUGAACAGUUCUCUUGUUGCACAGGGAGAAUUGGAUUCAUAAAGUAAAAAUAACCCGGGAAGAAAAACAAAAAUGCAAAUAGUUUAUAUUCAUUUCCCAGCAACACUGAAUUUUUUUAAAUCCUUUACUAUUUUGGAUGAUUUAAUAGAUAAUCUACCUCAGGAUUCUUUUAUUGUACAUGAGCUCCUAAGAAUUGCCUCAAACCCUGAAGAACAUAAACAAAAUACGGAUCAAUUACCUUUACAGGUAGCAUUAAGCGUCAUUUAUAUUCAUUUUUAAUUUUUCAAAUGAAUAAGAAAUGAAACAAUAAAGACAUUUGGCACUUAAAGGUUAUUGAACUCUUCCCGGGGAAUAGCAACCAACUAAAGAGGGGAGGGGAGGGAAAUAGAUACUAAAAUGUGCCUGAAUUCCCAGAGGAUUGGAAGGGGAGAAGUCAGAGUAUUUCCAAUUCAUAGUUCAGGCUGUAUAAACCGUCAACAGUGGGCUGUACUUCAGCGCCCUUUACAACGCUAACCAGCUUUAACUGGGGAGGCCAACUGAAAAAUCAGAAGGAGAAGGAAUCUCAGAGAAGCGAGACUAUCCAGGCAGGUUAAACGCCCCCGAAAGGUGGGGGAGGGGCACUGCAAAGGUUAAAACUCAGGUAAGCCUAAAUUUAUCCAAACUACAACUCCCAGAUCCCUCUGCUGUGGAUCCUCUCCCCUCCCCUCCCGGGCAAACACUCUCCCCUGGCAGCGCCCACCUGCAAGUGCCUGGGAACAGCGCCCCGAGGAAGGAGCUGCCCGCCAGGACCGACAGGUGGGAAGCGGACUCCCGGAGAGCCAGGGGAGGGGCCGGCCGCAGGAGGCGUCUCCAAGGGGAGGUUGCCACUGCAGGAUAAGGUCCGGACAGCCCAGAGACAGGCAGGGAUGGCGCUGGCAGCGGCGGCUGCGGCUGCGGCUGCAGCUGCGGGGGUGAGCCAGGCGGCCGUGCUGGGCUUCCUGCAAGAGCGUGGAGGCAAGGUGCGCAACUCGGAGCUCGUGAGCCGCUUCAAGCCGCUGCUAGACGCUGGAGAUCCGGGCGGCCGGGCCGCUCGCAGGGCAUAUUUCAAGCAAUUCGUCAACGACGUGGCAGUGGUCAAAGAGUUAGACGGGGUCAAAUUUGUGGUGCUGCGCAAGAAGCUCCGCGCCUCCUGCACUCCAAGGCCCUCACCCACGACGCCACCCGAAGCCGCUGGGGACCCGCUCCUGGGAGACCCGGCGACCUCCGUGGUCCAGGAACGGGCCGGGGACCCUCAAGCUGAAUCGCCACUACAAGAGUCCUUGGAUGCAGCGGCUGUCCAGGAGCACACGUCUCAGUCCCCAACGUCGGAGGAACGGCCCCAGUCCCCGGACCAGGAAGAAGCAGCUACUACAGCUCCCAUCCCGGCUUCAGCUCUACCGUUGAAGGACACGCCCGCAGUUCCUCCAAGGGUCCCAGCUGCACCUGGGGAGCUAGCCCCACUCCAACCGCAGAAGCCCUGCAUGCUGCCGGUCCGUUGCGUCCCGUCAGUAAUCCGCAUCCGGACUGAGGAACAGGGCCUGCGACGGCAGCUAUCAGAAGAGCCGGUGCAAGCGGCUUCGUGCCUGCUACCAGUGCCCGGGGACUCCCCCCGGCUACGACGGCGGCUUUCGGUGGAGGAGGCGGGGCUGAGCCUCGCGCUGGGGGGCGGCCGGUCCCCUCACCUUCGGCGCCUGUCUCGGGCUGGCCCGCGCCUACUAAGCCCAGAGACUGAGGAGCUGCCCUCCGUCGUCCCCCAGCCGCCGCCCACUGUGCCCUUGGAGCCAGCCGAGCACGAGUGGCUGGUGAGAGCGGCCGGUGGCCAUUGGACUCACCAGCUUCAUGGGCUGCUGCUUCGGGAUCGGAGCCUGGCGGCCAAGCGCGACUUCAUGUCCGGAUUUACUGCCCUGCACUGGGCUGCUAAAAGCGGCGACCGCGAGAUGGUGCUGCAGCUGGUGGAGGUGGCGCGCCGCGGGGGGGCGCCCGUCGACGUGAACGCCCGCUCGCACGGUGGCUACACUCCAUUGCACCUGGCGGCCCUGCACGGCCACGAAGAUGCGGCCAUCCUGCUGGUGGAGCGUCUCGGAGCUCAAGUGCUAGUCCGAGACCAUAGCGGGCGGCGCGCCUACCAGUACCUGCGGCCCGGCGCCUCGUACGCGCUGCGUCUGUUGCUAGGCGACCCCGCCCUUCGCGGCCAGGCGGAGCACGACGGCCCGGCCAAGAGGCCUGUGCAAGUCGCAGCCUCCAUUCUCAGCUCCACCACCAGCGCCUUCUUGGGCGUGCUGGCCGACGACCUGAUGCUGCAGGAUCUAGCCCGCGGCAUCAGGAAGUCCGGUUCCUUCAGUAAGCUCCUGGGAGCCUCCCCCAUGGCUCCCCGCAAGAAGGCCAAGGCCAGACCAGGCCUCCCUGCCUUCCAUUCUGCUUCCGCCCAGGCCUCCGCCACGGCAUCCAAGCGUUGGCCUGCUACCGACCUCUUCCAGAGCCAUUAGCUGAGCGUGGUGUCACCAUCGCAGUGCGUCUGGCCGUUACUGCCCGGUCUGGCCACUACUACCCCGCCUGCCCCCACCCUUAGGAUCCAUACCUGGUCUCCACUGCCCAGACCGACUUCCCACCCAGAUCCCCCAUCUAGGCCUCUCUGCGGUGCUGAGCCCAUCCUUUCAUGCCUGAAUCUCCAGCGGGUGUCAAAUCCUCAGAGAAUUCACUUCUCAGAAAUUCAAUUCUCAUUUAGAACUGUUAAACCCUGAGUAUUGAGGGUGAAAGGGCAAAAAGGGUAACAGCUGGUCUGGUCCCUUAUCAGAAUUAACUUACUGUUUGCUGAUACUCUAUAUGUCAUAUACCCAAGGCCAAAAACAAUGAGUUGCUGUAAAGGACUUUUUGGAGUCAGUUCAUGUCAUCUGGCCCUGUGAGGUAUGAUGGAUUGGCAAAUCAGCUGUAUUUUAUUCUUAAAUGAAGAGAAGAAUCUGUAUUUUAUGAAUGUCUGCCUUUUAUUGAAAUAGUGUUUAUUUUCUUUUAGGUAAGGUCUUCAUUAAGUCUUUUUAAACCACAUGAUUAACAUUUUAAACACAGUUUUAAAGAAGAGCAGAUAUAAAACAAAUGAGUCAUCUGAAAUUGCAGAAUUUUCUACCUACCUCAUUUUAGAAAACCUGGCACAAAACAGCCAUUAGUGACCAUUGUGAAUGUAAUUCCAAUUGUACUGUGAAUGUGAAAUGGGAUUCUUCUUGCAAGGACAUUUUAUACCUUAAAAAGAAGCAAUACCCAGAUUUUGCUAGUGGAACAUGGAGCUUAUUAUUAAAGGGAGUUUUUGUCCCUUGAUUUUUUUGGUCUUAUUUAAAUUACUUAUUUACGUGUUGUGUAAAUAAGUUUAGUGGCAUUUGACAUCAGUGAGUCCACUUUUUUGUAUGAAGUAUUUUGAAUAUUUUUUAAUUCUGAUAUAUCCAAUACCUUUGUGCCAUACUCUUGAAUCUGUGAAUCUGAUGUUUUGAGCUUUACAGAUGUUUGUGUCUUGAUAUUAUACAAUAUGGCAUGCUAAAUAUUUAAAGAAAACAGUGAAGUAGCAUUCCAAUUGAAAAGAAACUUAUUAAUUAUUAAUGUCUAAAUAUAAGAAAUGAUUUGUGUAUUUAGGCUUUGAAUAAACAGGAAGGAUAUGGUACCAAUUUUAAUAGGUUGGUAUGAAAGAAAACACUAAAAUACCAGUGCAUCUAUUUGCUCAAUGAUUUUAGGCUUCAUGUUCUUCAUAUGUAAAAUGAAGUAUUCUCUGUUCUUUUUAAGCUCUUAAGAUUUUAUGAUUGUAAUGGUCUUUUUUUCUAAUUAUAAAGGUACCUAGGCAACCUUUUUUAAUUGAGGGAUGUUUCCAAUUUCAACAGGUUGUCUUGGUAUCAAAGGGUAGACUACUUUUCUAAUGUAAAGGAUUUUGUUUCUUUAAGACACAUAUUAGAGAAGCAUUUGAAAUUGUUUGGAAUGUUCUAAUUCUGGAGAAAAUUAAACAAUACUUCCUUUUUUCUGUC